AUGUUCGGUGGUCUUGAGGGAAUGUUGUUCGGCGGUCCGAUAAGGCCGUUCGAUAUGCAGUUGCGAUGCUUCUCAGCACCGUUCUUCAGUCGUGCUGAUUCCGAGAAAAUUAAUGACUUGAAUCACGGUGGAAAGGUUCGUUGUUCCGUAGAUGAGCUGAUCUAUUGA